UUAUUGUGAUCACUCUAAGCCCUGCUCCUGCCCCGUCCCAACGAGCAGCCUCUCGCUCUCAUUCUGCCCUCCUGACCUGCCGUGGGCCCGGUACCACCUCUGUGACUUCUGUUCUCAGGGUCUUUGUCUACCUCCCUCCACCCCACCUUAGCCACCCCGCACCGGCCCCGCUCACACGCCUACCGUGCGUCAGUUUGUGGGGCUGGCUGGAAGCCUCUGUCCCGCUACAGCCUUGGCCCCGGGUUCUGGGGCGGCCCUCAGAGGGCCCGGUGGACUGUGUAAGGGAGGGGACCGACAGGACACCACACCGAGAGGUGUGGGUAGGAGAGGGCUGUGGUCCUCACUCAGAAAGGGGGCCCUGGUGCCCCCAGGGAACCUGAACCUGACAGGGAUCCAGGGUCCCGGUGCAGGGGGAGCUCGAGGGUCCUCGGGAGCCCCGGAGGUUGUCCAGCCAGAGAGGGAGGUACUACGACUGGGAUUCUGGCCCCGGCAGAGCAGAGCAGCAGGGAGGGCACGGGAGGAGAGGCCUCCGGGCCAGUGGAGGGGACUGGGCCCGGCCACGUCCCCGGGGUCCCCAGAGCUCUUCCAUCACUCCCGCCAGGCCCUCCUAGGACUGCAGGCCAGGCUCAUAGACCUGCCCCUCGCUCUGGCUGCGGUCAGGGUUGCAGGCCAGCAAAGCGCCUGGGCACCAGGUGCUGAACAUACCUGUCUCUACCCGUUGAUCACUGGGCCCACGUCACCAGGUGCCUGGAGAACUGUGGGAGGAGAAGGUGGGCCAUGCAGGAAGUGUGGAGAGAGGAGGGGGCGUCAGCCAAGGGCUAAGGAGAAUGGCAGGCCCCCAGCUCCUGGCCUGCUCUCCAGGGAAAGGUGAACCUGGGAGGUGCUUGUAGCCUGCAGCCUCCUCAGCCAGGGGCUCCCCUUCUGGAGGCCGAGUGCCAGGGUCUCCGGGGUUCAGGGGUUCACUGGAGGGUCAUCACCCUGGCCCCCACUCCCCACCCUGGGGCCUGCCCAGCCCGGAGGCUCCUAGCCCCUCAGGGAAUCCGCUCUGCUUUCCCAGGCCCCUCCCCGGCCUGUCUCUGCAGCGCGUCCUCUGGGCAGCUGGGCCCCGAGUCUCGGCUCCCGGCUGUCUGUCUCCCGCCCUCCCGUCCCCUAAUGCCGCCUGCCCGUCCUGGGGUGCCCGCUGCCUGCACGCUGCCUGCCCGCUGCCUGCCUGUAGCAUGCCCGAGCUGUCCGCAUGCAGGCUUCUGGAAAGAACCAAACUCGCCGCCUGGCCUGGCCCCUGGAGGGGCUGUGCCACCUGGAUCCCCUCACCCCAGCCUGGGGUCCUGCCCCUGCCUCGUCGGCCCUAGCUCCGCAGGCCAGGCCGGGAGGCUCACCGAUGAGCCCGCAGGCCAGAGGGCGGCCCUCCCUGACCCUGAAACAGAGUGCUGGGCGAGGCAGCUGGAAGCCUAGGUCCCUUGCCCGCUCUCUCCCCAGGGUGGUCCAGCCAAGGUCAGGCUGCCCACAGCGCCAGAGCUCGGGCUGAUCCCAGCGGGCAUUCCUGCCUUGUGUGGUCCAGAGUGUGGGUGUGGUGGCCCUGGGCCUGCUUCCCCGGCGGAGGUGGGGAGGAAAGGGACACAGCUGGGAGGCUGCCUGCCCGAAGGACGGCAUCCGCCUCUGGGCCUCCGUUUUCUGUCAGGGGAGGCUUGGGGAUGAACCCUCAGCCUCUGGGGACCAGCCCACCGCAAGCCCUUCCAGGUCAGAGGAGUGGGCGGGGUGCGGGGUGGGAAAAGGCACCCUAGGAGUGGUCUGGGAGCGGGGAGCUCCUCCAGCCCAGCGGGGCAGGGGGCUGUGCCGCCCUACCUGAGGGAUGCCAGGGAGGGUAAGAUGAGGGUUCCAGGCCCUUGAGUUGGGGCCAGCUGGGAGCUAACCCCCUCCCCGCCCCUGGUUCUCACCACCCCAGCCCUGCAGCUCCCACUGGCCAACGAUGGGGGCAGCCGCUCACCGUCCUCCGAGAGCUCCCCGCAGCACCCCACGCCCCCCGCACGGCCCCGCCACAUGCUGGGGCUCCCGUCAACCUUGUUCACACCGCGCAGCAUGGAGAGCAUCGAGAUUGACCAGAAGCUGCAGGAGAUCAUGAAGCAGACGGGCUACCUGACCAUUGGGGGCCAGCGCUACCAGGCGGAAAUCAACGACCUGGAGAACCUGGGGGAGAUGGGCAGCGGCACCUGUGGCCAGGUGUGGAAGAUGCGUUUCCGGAAGACGGGGCACGUCAUCGCUGUCAAGCAAAUGCGGCGCUCGGGGAACAAGGAAGAGAACAAGCGGAUCCUCAUGGACCUGGACGUGGUCCUCAAGAGCCACGAUUGCCCCUACAUCGUGCAGUGCUUCGGGACCUUCAUCACCAACACGGACGUCUUCAUUGCCAUGGAGCUCAUGGGCACGUGCGCCGAGAAGCUCAAGAAGCGGAUGCAGGGCCCUAUCCCUGAGCGGAUCCUGGGCAAGAUGACGGUGGCGAUCGUGAAGGCACUCUACUACCUGAAGGAGAAGCACGGCGUGAUCCACCGGGACGUCAAGCCCUCCAACAUCCUGCUGGAUGAGCGGGGCCAGAUCAAGCUCUGCGACUUCGGCAUCAGCGGCCGCCUCGUCGACUCCAAAGCCAAAACGCGGAGCGCGGGUUGCGCUGCCUACAUGGCACCUGAGCGCAUCGACCCCCCGGACCCCACCAAGCCCGACUACGACAUCCGGGCCGACGUGUGGAGCCUGGGCAUCUCCUUGGUGGAGCUGGCGACGGGACAGUUUCCCUACAAGAACUGCAAGACGGACUUUGAGGUCCUCACCAAAGUCCUACAGGAAGAACCCCCGCUCCUGCCCGGUCACAUGGGCUUCUCGGGGGACUUUCAGUCCUUCGUCAAAGACUGCCUUACUAAAGAUCACAGGAAGAGACCAAAGUAUAAUAAACUACUUGAACACAGCUUCAUCAAGCGCUACGAGACGCUGGAGGUGGACGUGGCGUCCUGGUUCAAGGAUGUCAUGGCGAAGACCGAGUCGCCGCGGGCGAGCGGGGUCCUGAGCCAGCAUCACCUGCCCUUCUUCAGGUAGCCGCACAGCGGCAGCCAGCCUACUGGGGGCCGGGGGCGUGGCCACCGGCCUCCCCUUCCCCACCCGGCCACCCAGCUGCCCGCCAGGGGAGCCCUGGGACCUGGACGGCCGCCGAGGGCUGAGGACAGAAAGUAGGGGGCGCCAACCCACCCCUGACUCCCUGCCCACCAGCCAUGGACAGAUGGGCCCACCAGGCCCCAGCCCUUCCCGUCCUAGGAUCAGCCGGCUGUGCGCAUCCCCUCCGACAGACACUGUGAACGGAAGACAGCAGGCCGCGAGCAGACUCGCUAUUUAUUCAGUUGUAACCUCUGGGCUGGGGCGGCCCCCAGGGGCCGGGAGAGAGCUGCCCGUCCUGUCCCCUCCCCUCCACACCGCGCUGUCCCACCGCCGCCUCGCACGCACAUGCACCCUGGCUCCAUCUCCCUCUCUCUGUCCCCUUCCUCUCUACCUCUCUGGCUUUCCCUGUCUCCCUCCCUGCUUCUGCCUCUCUCCUGGCCCAGGCCCUGCCACCCCCGGCGGCACCCCUGGGUCCGUUUAGGUCUCCGGCAAGCCAUGAGUCAGUUGGCUGGUGUCCUCGCCCUGGGCAGGCGGGCUGGACGUUGUGACUGCAGCCAGACCCAGGCUGGUCUCUCUCUUUCUCUUUUUGAUCUCAGGGGGUCCUUUUUGGAGUUUAUCGUAUUUUAUUGUACUUGGUGGGGUGUUUGGGGGGUGGGGGGAGGAGAAGAGCUUGUUCUCAUGGGGUUUGUCGGUACCUUCAGAAACUUUUACCAAAGUCAUGUUUAGCUGCUUGUGGUGGCAGCCCCCCCGAUGGCCCACGGGCGCUGGGGGGCUGGGGGCCGAGCCUUGGGGGCCUGGGCCACCCCGCCGGGGAGAGACUAGUCCCAAAGGUGGGCUCUGGGUGGGGGGGCGGGGUGCUCCUCCCUCGGGGCUGGAGACUGGCCACAGCUUGUAGGGGUGAGUUGAGGACCUCGGGGGGUGUGGAGGGAGCCCAAGGGGCCGUGGCCACACAGGGUGGCCUUCAGGGAAGGCAGGCGUGGGGCAUGGUGGAGGGCAGCAGGUGCUGGUGAGGCAGAGGCGGAGGAGGGAAUGGGUGACAGGAGCGGGGGCCAUGGGGCCCGGGGAGACAGGGAUUGAGGGCACGUGGAGUGGACGUGGGGGGUCUGAGGAUGUGUGACAGGGACAGAGGUGGGGCAGGCCGAGGGCUGGGCGUGUGGAGGCAGUCACGCCCUCGUAGUGGCCCUGAGCGCCCCUUGACUCACCCAGAGCUGGCCAGUCCCCAGCCCACACCGAGGCCCGGGCCCUGGGGAGCAGCGAGAGCAGGAGGAGGGGGUGUGUUUCCUUUUUGUUGGUGAUGCAUGCAAAUCAAGUAGACAACGAAAUAACAACAAAAAACAA